GAUGUGGAAAGCUGCUGCUGGUCGGACUAUUUCUGUGACAGCAUCAGAUGAUGGCGAUGACUGGGACACGGACCCUGACUUUGUGAAUGAUUUGUCUGAAAAAGAACAGCGAUGGGGAGCCAAGUCAGUUCAAGGAUCAGGACACCAGGCCCACAUAAACUUGCAUGAAUUGAGGGAAAAUGUUUCUCAGGAGCACAAAUCUCUCAAACAGAAAGAACUGGCUGAUGGGCCAAAGGCAUCCCACGGAUAUGGAGGCAAGUUUGGAGUCCAGGAUGAUCGGAUGGAUAAGGUAGGAAAUGUGCUAUUUUUAAAUGGAGGAAAACAAGCUGACGUUGCUUGAAUUGUUUUUAAUUAC